UAGUAAUAUUGGGUCUAUGCGCAUUUAAAAUAAAGAUUCUUUACGUCGAGUGACUAACUUUAAAAAGAAGCUUUUCAAUGUUUUAUAUUUUAUUAUCCAUUUCAUUGGUUGUCUCCGCACAGCCAACACCAAUCAGAGAAGAAGUAUUUGAUUCAAGCAAACAGCGAAGUUUAAAAUGGACAUUCUCGCCGCCAAAAGCUUGGAAGGAGACACAAAUGCAGCUUGGAAAGAACUACACACACACUGUCUACCAGGCUUGUAACCCAGAAUUGAAUAAGGAUCCCAAAACACUUUGGACCAACUGGAUCCCCAAACAAGAUGCCCAUGAACUUUUUUUGGACCUAAGUUUUGCUCAGGCAGACAAGCAGUCUAUUUAUAUUUAUGUGCGAGAAUCGAGCCAAAGGCACUUUCAGUACUUUAGAAAACCACAAAGACAACCUCUUCUCAAUAUCACAGUCCUGCAUCCAUUUCCUGAUGCUCUUCCUCAGGAUGAGCACCUGAGCCAUGCUAAGGGCCUUAAAUUGGGAAAGAUCUCUCAGAAGGGUUUUUACCUGGGAUUUAGCUACAGCGGCAAGUGCACUUUUAUUGCUUCGAUCCAGGUGUUCUUCCUAAAAUGCCCAACGCUUCUUUGGAACCAAAUAGUAUUUGAGGAAACAGCGGCAGGAGGGUUGCAGAGAGGAGCGUGUGUGAACGGUUCUGUGGAGAUCAACGGCACAAAGAUAGAGUGUCGAAGAAAUGGGACGUGGAGUCCGCCGCAGGGGUUAUGUGUCGUUGAUACACAACACCAGACAGACCGAACCCAUUCAGAAGUAAUAUAUAUAUAUAGAGUGGUAAAAUUGUGUGUUUCAGUAAGACCCUCAAGCAGCCUGUGGUCCGCUUCUGACUCCACUCCCUCUCCUGUCCUAACCGCUGGUCUAGUGUGUUCUGCUCUGCUUUUUCUCAUUCUCAUUGCUGUUGUUUUCAUCUUUGUGAAGCGUCACAAGCUCAGUGGAGGUCAAGAAACUGAGCUGGUAUCCACAUCUGGUGUAACUCGAUAUCGACGUCCUCAAGAAGAAGUAUACACUGCUCAACCGGAGCCAGUCAACACUUUCAGGGUGAGCAGCUGUGAUCAGACUCAGAGUGCUGAAUGUAAGCCUUGUCCUCCCAGAAGUACAACACUUGGAGAGGAAGUGUCUCAGAGCGACUAUGGAUAUGAACAGCUGCAUACUGAUUCCACAAAAUCAGCUGAGAUGAGCGACGGGCCGCUGUGCGAUCUUAGAGAUGUGAUGGUGGAGCGUACGAAGCUGAAAAUGGGCCAAAAGCUUGGGAAAGGAGAGUUUGGGGCUGUCUACGAGGGUGUAUUUUCCACUCAGAAAGGACAAGAUAUCAGAGUGGCAGUGAAAACCUUGAAAGGUGCAGUCCACAGUAAAGAAGAUCUGGAGUCCUUUCUGAAGGAGGCAGAAAUUAUGAAGCAUUUUCAUCAUGUGAAUGUAGUUAAAUUGCUCGGGGUCGCACUAGAACCGGAUCCGGGGUCCUCUUUCCAUGUACCUCUUGUUAUUCUUCCCUUCAUGAAGCACGGAGAUCUGCACAGCUUCCUCAGAGCGACCCGCUACGGGGAUGUCCCCAUGUUUGUGCCUCAUCAGAGUCUUCUGGGUUUCAUGAUUGACAUUGCUGCAGGAAUGGAGUAUCUCAGCCUUCAGGGUUUCCUGCACAGAGACCUGGCUGCCCGCAAUUGCAUGUUGGGGGAUGACCUGCAUGUCUGUGUGGCUGACUUCGGCCUGUCUAAGAACAUCUAUUCCAGUAACUACUAUAGGCAGAAGAACAUGGACGUUAGCUUGCCUGUAAGGUGGAUGGCUAUAGAGAGUCUGUCUGACUUCUUAUACACCACCAAGAGUGAUGUGUGGUCUUUUGGAAUAACCAUGUGGGAGAUCACAUCCAGAGGGAAGAUACCUUAUCCAGGCAUCUCUGGUCAUGAGCUCCUGGACUUCCUGGAAAAUGGACACCGUCUCAAAAAAGCGAAGAAUGACAGUAAAUUAUAUGAGCUUAUGCUGAGCUGCUGGCACAGAGAUCCCUCUCAGAGGCCAGGAUUUGGAGAGCUGGGCCAGAGCCUCAAAGCACUUCUAUCUGAGCUUCCAACCCUGGAGGCCAGCAACGAGGACCACUACAUCAACCUGGGUCUGAAGGCAGCCAGUGAUCACCAGGACAGCGCAGGGACCCUGGAGCCCGAGGGGGAGAGGAUGAUGUAA